AUGGGGUUACUCCUUCUACCGGCUGUGGCUCUCGCCGCACUUUUCGUCUACUAUGUACUGUUCCCAAAGAAGCAGACAGGUCUGCCUCUUCCACCUGGGCCCAAGCCCCUCCCUGUUGUCGGUAACCUCUUCGACCUCCCACCCGCCGGCACAGCAGAAUACAAGCACUGGGCCAAGCACAAGGAACUCUAUGGACCCAUCAGCUCUCUCAACAUCCUCGGCCAGCCCAUGAUCAUCCUCAACAGCCCCGAUGCUAUGCACGAACUUCUUGAGAAGAGGUCGACCAAGACCUCUUCCCGACCUAGUGCAACGUUUGGAGGCGAGCUUUGUGGUUUCAAAGUUAUGCUUCCUCUUAUCCCUUACGGUGACCAAUUCCGAUACUAUCGCAAGCUGGUGCACCAGCAGAUGGGUACCAAGUUGAUCUGCUCUGAAUUCAGAGACACUCAGGAUCUCGAGUCCCUCCGUUUCCUUAUCAGAACGAUUGAAAGACCCGAGGAAUUCCAAAAGCAUAUCAAGACUGAAGCCACUGCCAUUAUCUUGCGAAUCAUCUACGGAUACAGUAUCGAGCCCCGUAAAGUCGAUCCUCUUGUCAGCCUCAUCGAGACCAUGAUGAUCCAUUUCUCCGAGGCCUUUGUGCCCCUCUCCUGGGCUGUCGACAUCUUCCCUGGCCUCAACAACCUCCCUGACUGGUUUCCCGGUACCGGAUUCAAGAAGACCGCCAGGGAAUGGCGACGUAUCACCGACCAAUCUCUAGACGUCCCUUACGACUUCGUCAUGAAGCAAAUGUCAAGCGGAACGAACCGACCUUCAUAUGUCUCGAAACUCAUGAGCGGCUCUUUCAAGAACGAGGACGGAAGUGGAAAGCCUACAAAGGAAGAUAUCGACGCUGUCAAAGCCACUGCUACUAUCAUGUACGGUGGAGGUGCUGAUACUACCGUGUCCACUAUCAGUAGUUUUGUUCUUGCCAUGAUUAAAUUCCCUGAAGUUCAAAAGAAGGCGCAGGCAGAGAUUGACCGUGUGACUGGAGGUGAACGACUGCCCACCUUUGACGACGAGAAGGAUAUGCCUUACCUGCGAGCUCUGUGCAAGGAAGCUCUUCGAUGGAUGCCUGUUGUUCCUACUACCACCACCCACAUGACUGAAGAAGAGCUUGAGUAUGGAGGAUACCGUAUUCCCAAGGGAACCUACCUCAUCCCAUCCACCUGGGCUCUCCUUCACGAUCCCGAAGUUUACACUGACCCAUCUGCCUUUGAGCCCGAGCGAUAUAUCGAGCCUCGAAACGAACCUGAUCCCGCUGAGUAUGCCUUUGGAUACGGACGAAGAAUCUGCCCCGGUCGUUAUUUGGCUGAAGAUAGUGUCUUCAUGACUUGUUCACGACUAUUGGCCGUCUUUAACAUGGGCAAGGCUGUUGAUAAGGAUGGAAAGGAGAUUGACGUUGUCAUGGACGGUACACCUGGACUCAUCAGCCACCCUGUCGAUUACGCUUACAGCAUUACACCUCGAAGCGCCAAGCAUGUCGAGUUGGUGCGAGCUGCUGAGAGGGCGCACCCUUGGGAGGAAAGCGAUGCUCCUCUUUUGCCUAAAGAUUCUCUUGUUUAG